AUGCUCAUCCUCCAUCUGCUCUUCGGUCUCCUCGCGCUAACAACCUUCUCAAACGCCCGCCGCCACCACCACGGCAAGCACCGCUCACACCAGGAUAACCGAGAACAAACCGAAGACCGCAUCGCCGCAGCAGCAGGCACGAUGACCUCCUCAACCGUCAUCCCCAACCCCACAACCCCCACAAGCACCUACCCCUACUCCGACCCCGGCGUGACCCUCGCCUCCGCAGACUCCUACACCCACACCAUGCACACGCCCCCAGCAACCUGGACGGCGCCCACCUUCUCCACGCCGACUCCCAUUCCUUCCUGCGCGGGUGAUCUCGAGACGGGGAUUUGCGCUGGCGGGGCAGGGAGUCAAGGCUUGUGUCUUGAUUUCGCGGGGUUGGUGUAUGGGAUUUUGUGUGAGAUGGAGUUGUCCGGGGUGGUGAUUACUAGUGAUGGGAAGAAGAUGAAGGAGAAGAGGACUUUCACGGGGUCGUUGGAGAACUGUCUCGAUUUCUGCGACGAGUUUGGACCCGAUGAGUGUAUUGGUGUUGGCUUUGCGGGGGGCGAGUGUGAGGCUUAUGCGAAGAUUACUGGGAGUUAUGCGGGGAGUAGUGGGGGGUAUGCUGCAUUGAGGCAGUAG